UCGGCAGGCAGCGGGCCGGGGGUGGUUCCAUACCCAGCGAGCGGCUCCUCAAGCGGCCUCCCGCGCAGGCGGGCCCUGGGCUCCCGGCAGGGCCAGUCGGUAUUGGGGGCCUGAAUUUCGCUCGUUGCAUCAGUUUGGCCUCCAGAUCUCUCUUGUUGCCCCGAGCAGAUGUAACUGCCUGCAGCUUAAGCCAAAGUUCCUAAGGCAUAGCAUUAAGCUACGGAGCCGGUGACAGAACUCCAGCGCAGGUCGUCAGCCAGCUGUGGCAAGUGGGAAACACCAGACGCGAGUGGGUCCUUUAGAGCUCACACAGGACCUGCCCCAGGCCGCAGCAUCUGGGAGAAAAGAAGAAUCCUGGUUUCCUUGUAGAUGGCUGAGUCAGAACUUCAGGAAGGAAACUAUGAUAACAUGGUAAAGAUCAUGGAGGAUCUGAACAGGGACUUAGAACAACUUCUGGAGGAAAUGGAAAACCUAACAGUGCAGGCAACCUGGAUGGCGUAUGAGAUGGUGGUCAUACGUACCAACCCAGACCUGGCCAGCUCCAUGAGGUGUUUGGAAGAUGCCUUCCUGAGUUGCAAGGAAGAGAUGGAGAAGAAAUAGGAAGAGGUGCUAAAUUAAGCUAAAGGAGAAGAGCAAAAGGAGGAAUAAAUUGGAUACUUACAUCCCUUGGGAAAACCACUCCAGUCUUUUUGUUUGGUUCACCUGUGGGAGUUUCAUCUCGCUAAGAAGUAAUGAUGUGGGUACAUCUCUGGGAGUAUUACUAAUGAUAUUAGACACGUGGUUCUGUUUAUUGUGGUCUCUGUGCAUGCAGAGUUUACAUGCCUUCUGGAAAAUCACACUCACUUCACUGUCAAUAGACAUGGAGUUCUCUGACACUUGAAGAAAGAGAAGGAGGGAGCAAGGGGGAGGUAGUGGAGAGUUGCACCAGCACCUGCCUUCCAAGGAAAACCAAAGAACGACCCUGUUUUC